UAUAAGAAACGUGAUAACAUAAUCUCGGUGUCGUGUCGGAGGAAAAUUGAUUUAUUAUUUUGCGAAUAUUACUUUAUUAAUAUGUCUUCUUUACCGAUUCAGUUCAAUACCGAAGACGGGUUUCGCCCACUGUAAAUUAUAUUCCAAAUUGCAGUACUACACGUCUCUCACGUUUGGUGCUGCUUCUCGUCGACGGCUUCUCUCUGGUCAUAAUCGUGGUUGGCAUCGAUUACAACCCAAAGUAAAAAUAUAAAUCGAUGAAUGAAUUACACCUGUUACCCAGAGUGUAGGAAGGGUAGUCUGACUACUCCUCUUUUGUAUAAAUAUCUUGUUUUAGGUUACAUAAUGUUGUCCUAAUGAGAAACAUAAUAUAGUUACUGAAUGGUUUCUAUCAGUUACACAAUAGUUCUGCAGAUGUCAAAAACCAGUAACUUGUUUGUGUGUGUAUUUUAUAUGUCAAUACUUAUAUUGAUAGAUAGUUUUAAAAGCAAGGAACAUGUUGCGUUGCAGGUAUGACGAACGCGGAGGUGCUGCACCAGGUGGAGCACGGGUACCGCAUGCCGUGCCCGCAGAACUGCCCCGCCGCGCUCUACGAGAUCAUGCUGGAGUGCUGGCACAAGGACCCGCUCAAGCGGCCCACGUUCGAGACGCUGCAGUGGAAGCUGGAGGACUUCUUCACCAUGGACAACUCGGAGUACAAGGAGGCCUCCGCCUACUGAGCCCGGCCCUCCCUGCCGCCUCACCGACACGCGCACGCGCACCACACGCCUGGCCUGUACCACAUGCCGCCCGAGCUACAAAUGCUGCACAGCAGUGCCUCCAUGCAGCACCUGCAGAUGCACCAGCUGGCCGCGCACCAGGCCAGCCUCACGCACAUGCAGGCGCACCAGCUGCAGCCGCUCCCGCCCUUGACUCAGAUUCAGCCGCAUCCGGCACUGACCCAGAUCCAGCCGCAUCCGGCUCUCAGCCAGAUACAGUCGCAUCCGGCUCUUAGUCAGAUACAGUCGCAUCCGGCUCUAAGUCAAUUGCAGGCGCAUCCGGGUCUGAGCCAGAUCCAGGCGCACCCGGGUCUCUCCCAGAUCCAGGCGCAUCCAGGUUUGAGCCAGGUACAAGCGCAUCACACGGGAAUCGUGCCGACGAGGCCACGCCCACUAUGCCACCAUCACGCGCCACGACACGCAACAUAACUACUGUUACAUGAUAUAGUGCCGUAUGUACACUGUAAUAUUUUGCCAUACGAGAGAACGUAGGUACACAUAUAUUACUAGUUGCUUUGAAAGUACGUACGGCACUAAGCGGACGGCGCUGAGCCGUCACACCACGCGCCCUCACCAAAUCGUCACAUCACCCAAACACCAUCAGCAAUACAAAUAUACACAUUUGUAUGAGAAAUACUUCACUGUAGGCGAAUGUAAACGGUUCGAAAUGUUAAGAAAUAGGUUUUCUAAGCUAAAGUGCAAUAGUCACAACAUUAUAAGUAGCAAACCGUUAAUAAUCGUCUUUGCUAAGUAUUCCAAUCCAAUAGCACAGCAACGCCGACACCUUCCGAGCCCUAUGUACACCCACAGGCUGUGUUCACAUGGAUAUGCAAUGAACAAUACAAAUAAUAGUUGAAUAUAAGAAAAAUAUUCAUUUAUAAAUAAAAACCAGUGGAUUAAUAUCGGUUUAUGGCCGAUUCAAGGAGAAUAAAAUUGUACGUGAACAACGCCUCCCGUCUAUCGACGCAGGGAAUUGUGUAACUCGGGAGAAUCACUCUGCAACUUUUUUAUGAUAGAAUAUUGUAACUUAAAAUAAGAUAUUAAUAUGAAUGACAUUAUAAUCGAUACUGCUACAUUUACACAAUUCAACAAAACCAAACAUCAAACGUUACCAGAUUGCCACGACACCCAAUCAGAGUUACACAAUCGCACUGCAGUUUGUGACGACUUUAUUUUUAUUUAUACCCACUAAAAUCGACAAACAAUACUAACUCGAGUUACAAGUAUUACCACCUGAAAUAUAUAUUUCUCGAGAAAUUAAUAUGUAAUGGUACUUGUAAGAUUUAGAAAUAUUUUGAAGUCGAUUUAAUUCAUAUUGUUUACUGCCCGAUACGAUACGAAAUUAAUAUUAGGAUCGAGAGAAAUUACGUAGUAAAAAACAAAGCGAUACUAUUUUGCGAAGACUAUACGGCGACGUGACGUAAAUUUAUUGACCUUUGAUCCGUUCGUUAGAUCUUGAUAUUUUUUCCUAAUGUAUUUUAGUGUAUGUGUAACCAAGGUUAAACAAGACAAGUUUUGAUGUAUUUAAAAUACAAUUACGAAAGUUUACAGCUAUUUUAGAUUAUUAAUGCUUUUCAUGCGCUAAACCAAAGCGAUGCAAUUUUUUUCUUUUAUCUAUUCGCAAUGUCAGUAAGCACUUACCUAAUAAUUUUUAACAUUAUUUGCUUCUUUGCAGUAUUAGCAUUUCGUGUUCAGCUUAUUUCAAACAAAUGCAUUAUGCUAUAAGGUUCCGAGGCUAUUUUUGUAUUGUAACGAAUUGGUUUCAGUUCCAUUAAGUUGGAAUGUAAGGGCGCUGUGGUGUAACUUGCCAGCUCGUGUGUGUGUGUGUUUUAGUGUCGAGACGAUUGUGGCUUACACCUUGCGGAAUGCGAAUGUGUGCGUGAUACGGAGGAAAUUUAGGUUCGGCAGGGAUCAUUUUGUCGUUAUUAACGACUAGUAAAGAUUUACUUUAGACGAGGCCCCAUUCCGAUAGGUAAUUUCACCUACGUAUACCAUGUUUAAAUGUAGACUAUUGGUGAUAGAUGCCAAAUAAUCCUAACAAAGAACUGAAUUUUAUAUACAUAUUAACUGUUCUGAGGGUAUUUAGACUUUAGGUCUUUAUUUAUGUAAUUUAAAUGCAAUUAGCUUUUUUAAAUGCUAUUUCAUUAAGUCAUAUUAUUUAUAUACAUUAAUAAGUAAAUUCUUUUAUUUAAAUUUUUAAUCUCUCGCAAAUUGAGUUUCCUAUAUAUAUAUCAUUAUCUUAACUUACACUAAUGCUCAAGUUUUAGGAACUUUUAUUGUGUUUACGUAACAAUACAAGUUCGAAAUGAUAUUUAAUUUGUGCCAAGAGUUUAGUUUAAGCAAAAGUUAUUGUUGUCAGAAAAGUUAUUUAACAUCUGAUACAAGUAUCUAUGUAUUUUAUUAGUUUCUUACUUCAAAUACAAGUAAGAUAUAAUUGGCCUAAGUAAGUAUCAAUGUGUAGGUUUUAUAUCCUAACAUUUAAGAAUUAACUUAGCUAAAUGUCAAAUCGAUAGAGAAAUGAUGAUUCAUUUUAAUUGCAUGGAUAAUGAUGGAUAUUGAAAAUGUAAGUAUAUGAAGUGCAAUAUUGUUUACAACACCGGUGCUUAGUUUAUAAUUUUACUCUACGUGACAAAUGUCACGGGGAACUGAAUAUGUUGCAGAAAAACACAUUAAAUAUGUACAUCCUCAGAACAUUUAAAGAAUAUUAGUUUAUAUUAUAUUAUAUGAAAGAAAACAUAACGAAUUUUGACGGUAAAUCAAACAAUAUUGUUAUUGAUAUGAACAGUGUAAGUUUUGUUUGUGAUCUUUUUACCAUCAUACGUUGUAUAUAGAUAGUACCGAAAGUAGAUUUGGAUAUGAAUGAUUCUAGAAUGUUGUUAACAAUAUUAAAGCGUGCUACAAACUGUGUUCUCUGACUUAAUCAUUCCAUCGCAACCAGUAGCUUAAACAAUAUUUGUCAGUGUUGUUAGACAUUACUAAAAUAAUGUUUUUUAUCGUUGUACGGUAAGAUUGAACCAAUUCGCACAAACACGUUUUAUAUUGACUUUUUCGUAAGGUGCCUGAUAAAUUUUUAUGUCACAAAUUCACCUGUCACCUUUGACUUGUUCGUGCUGUUUGCUUGUUGAUAUAUAAUGACAAUAUUUUUGCUUUUAAUCAGAAUUAUACUAUUUAGUUUAUAACUUUUACUAAAUGAAAGGCAGGCUUUCACUAUAUUUUCUCAAAGGGUAGAUUUGAAAUAGUAAUAAUUGAAAUUUCUUGUAUGAACGAGUCGUAGGAAUUUAUUUUUAUAGUACACUGUGGAUAGAGCACUUUUUGUAUAUGAAUGGACAUUGGAUAUAGGAGGAGUAAUGUCAGCUCAUUGUUUUAUUAAAAAAGCAUCUGGUAAUUUGAAAAUAUCAGAGAGUUUAAAUAAUUCGAUAUUAUUACUAAAAUUAACAUAGACGAGUCCCAAAACAAUUUACUCCUGUAUUAUUUUUAUAAUUUAUUUAGUAGAUUUAUUUGUUUGUAAGUUAUAGCUGUAUAAAAUAUGCUUUAAAGCUUCAUGCUUCAUCGCAGUAAUUAAGUUUCGCUACUUCUGUCUUACAUGGCAAUAAUAUAAUUGUAUUUGUAUUUUAUUGAUUAUUAGUUAGCCAAUUUUUAAGAAUUUUUGUAUACAAGGCGCCAUCACAAUUAUUAUGGAAAUGAUCAAUCGUAAUACAUAGAUUAAGAUUUGCGAAUGAAUGUUAGGCAUAUUUAACUAGAAGUUAUUUAGUAAUUGUUGCUGUGUUACAUGACAUUUAUGCGUUAUGGUUUACAGUACUGUACAGCUGUAGCAAGAUUAAUUGAUCGGUGGUUAGAGAAUGAAAUAAAAUCACGUGCGACUGAAGUUAGUUGAUACUGUAAUGUGUGGGCUAAGGUCUUAUUACCUCCGAGUAUCAAUUAAAUCUAUUUUAAGUUUCUUGUAAGCCAAUGUUACACUGUCAUAAUCGCCGUAGAUAUUAUGAUCGCACAUUUAUCUUCUUACACUUUCUUAAAUGUCUGAAGGAUGAUAGUGUAACAUUGGCCUUAUAUUAUACGGUUAUGAUUUAUUAUUAUUACACACUUGUAAAUUUUUUUAACACAACAAUAAAUUUUAAUGUG